UGGGGAAUUGGUAUCUAUUUUGCCAAAAAUGCAUCAUAUUCUUGUGGAAGCUAUGCUUAUACUUUACCAAAUGGGAAAAAGCAAGUAUUUCUUGCUCAAGUUCUAACAGGAGAUGUACAUGAUUGCAAGAGUGAUACAUCUUUACGUCGACCUCCAAAGAAAAAUGAGAAAGUUUCAAAUCUACGAUAUAAUAGUGUGUCAGGUGACACAGGAGGUAGUAAAGUUUAUAUUGUCUAUGAAAAUCGUGUGAUUUAUCCAACUUAUUUAAUUACUUUUAUUCCAUAA